AAUUUCCAUGGAAUCUUAAUAUGGCGCUGAUGAGUCCCCAAAAAAUAUCGAACAGCUGAAAAUUAAAUCUCAAGCGUAUUAAAAUUUCAAUAAACCAUGAAUAAGAAAUGUUUAAACAGUAUAAAUACACAAAAUAACUUAGCACCGAGACACUUGCUUCUCAUUGAGAAGGUGGAUCUUAUUCUUUCUCCUUUAAACGUGUCAGUAUGUGUUGACUCAUGCAACAUUCAAUCAAAACAUCAAAAUAAAAAUGCCUUUGACCAUUCAGAUGUAGAGAAGAAAGGCUAUCUGGUUUAUGAUGACAUUAAAGUGGCAGCACUCAUGUUGUUUGGACACAAGCUGUGUAAGGCUGAGGUCCAGCAGAUGUUAGCUGUGCAUGGAUCAGAAUACAAGACUGGGAUCAAAGGGUUGUCCCUCCCCCAGCUGACGGCAGCCAUGACACCCAAGUUUAGAGCAGAAGAUGAGGAUGAGAAGAUCAGGAACACAUUCAAGGCUUUUGACAAGAAUUGUCAAGGUUUCCUAAAGAUGGAGGAUGUGAAGAGGGUUUUUAGCCAGGUGUGUCCACUUUAUCCAGAACACAGGGUAGAGUUGGCAUUUAGGGAAAUUGAUCGAGAUGGUGAUGGGCGAAUAAGUUACAAAGAUUUUGACUUUAUGAUGAAGUUUAACAACCUGUUAUGACCACCCUGUGGACCAAGCAAGACUGUGAUAGGUGCAGAGAUCAAAUAUAACAAGGGCAGC